UUCAUCUACGUGACUGAAGUUAAAUCUAAGCAGUGGCAGGUGUGAUCCUGAAUCCAGGGAGUUCAUCACAACCAGACUACUUCUUUUCUUUUACGUGACGAGAGAUAUGAGUGAAGAAAUAACACUGACAGAUUCUGGAGACUUUCAAUCUACAGAGUCUCGGGAAUUUCAAACCAGGAGCAGAUGGAGAUUUUACCCUUCUCAAGUCACCAGCCUCCUUUUGAUGACUGUAGUCUUCUUUUUAGUGAUUGUAGCACUGGGAGCAACUUUAGCAGUUGAAAAACAGAAAUCUCGAACUGAUCCCACACCAUGCCUGGAUGACUGGAUUGGUUACCAACAAAACUGCUUCCAUUUUUUUGAAAAUACGAUGACAUGGGGAAAGAGCCAGAACUUCUGUGCCUCUCACAAAGCAACUCUCGCUGUAUUCAACAUCACAAAAGAAAUGGACUUCCUGAAGCGAUAUGCAGACCUUUCUCAUUAUUGGAUUGGACUGAGUCGAGAACAAGGGUCAGAGUGGCAGUGGGCAGAUGGAACCAUAUACAAUAGUAGGCUUAAGAUCGCCGGGAACGGUCAAUAUGCCUAUCUACACAAAAACGGCAUCGGCAGCUCCAGCAGUCAUCUGUUUAAAAAGUGGAUUUGUAGCAAAUGAAAUGUC